UCCUCCGCCAGGACUGGGUCGCAGGGGUCCCAGCCUGGUAGCUGAGCCUGAGGUCCGCAAGCGCUGGCAGGAGAGCUGCAGCUGUGUGCACCAGCUUGCUACCUCUGCCCAGCCGAGUUCUUACCCUUGAAGCCUGCGACUCUCAACUGCUGUCCACGCGUCCCCAGGGACCCCGCGCCUCACCUGUGUACCGACCGCCGCGAUGAGUGAGCUUAACACGAAAACAUCCCCAGCAACCAACCAAGCAUCUGGCCCAGAGGAAAAAGGGAAGACUGGCAAUGCCAAGAAGGCUGAGGAGGAAGAGGAGAUUGAUAUCGAUCUGACGGCCCCAGAGACAGAGAAGGCUGCGCUUGCUAUUCAGGGCAAGUUCCGGCGAUUCCAGAAAAGGAAAAAGGACCCCAGCUCCUGAAUGGCCAGCCUUGCCCCUCGCACUGCUACCUUCUCUCCCCUUCUCCACAUCCCUGACUCCCAUGUGUCUUGGCUCUUUGUCCCUCUAGCCUCUCACUGAGGCACAGUCAGCCUUUCUAUGUUCUUUUCUCUGGCACUCUGAAGCCGUCACAGCAGUAGAGGCACAAGGAAGGUGGAGAAGAUGAAGACUUCAGUUAGAAGCUGUUUCCCUAAGGGUGAACCAGUGUCUCCUUGGGCUAAGUACCUAGGCCGGCUCUGUGUGUGUGGGGGAGCACAAGAGGCUUUGAGGUUGACAGGUCCCCACUAUCACCAACAGCAAUGUAGGAAAGCGGGAAACCUUUGGAGUAGGGUGCCUGAGAGUGGAGCAGAGGCACUGUCUGCCCGUUCCAACAUUCACACUUCAUGUGACAUUCUUUCCCUUUCAGAUCCUUCUGCACUACCACCUCCAACUUCUUAGGAUCAAAGUCGCAGUGGGGACUGGAGCCUCCUUUGCCCCAGACAGACCUAAAUCAAGCAGCUUACCAGUUAUUGCAUGCUGAGCAGCUUAGCUCCCACCUAGGGAGGAGAGGAAACUUUCCUUCAUCCUCCAGUCUAUGACCGUAGUGAACCAAGGCAGGACAGGCUCCAGGGACCACAAGCAGGGAAAGGAGGUAUGGGGGGAUUUAGGGAAGAAAGAAAAGUCAAGAAUGGGGAGAUCCCUAAAGCCAUGGGUUACGGCCUGUGAAAGCAUAGUACAGGAAGGAUUCUUGGGGCUUUGCUAACCUGCCUAGCUCUAACCCCCAACUGUAGCCCUCCCCACCAAGGCUGCACAAGCCAAGUGAACCCAGUAGUUCCCUCCUGUCCCACUGUGGGGGCAGAAAUGGAAUAGCUACUCUGUGAUUUUAGCAUGUUUAAUAAUUAUAACAAUAAAAACCCCUCAAAUGGG